UUGCUUGUAACAUUACCAAGUGUUUAUAAUAAUGAUCUGCAUUUUGAGAAACAUAGUAAGGUUGUAAAGGGUGAACUUGUUGGCUGUGGAAAUGGUGUAUAUGUAUACCUUGGUUACACUUCUAAUGUUAUGAUUGUAGUUAGAUGA